AUGUCCAAUCACAGUACUACGACCCAUGCUACGGCGUCCGCGGGAACCGACGCGCUCCGCAACCCUAGUCCAGUGGUGCGGGCGAAUAGUAUGCGAGCUGGACUACUCAAUCGUGGAAGGACUCUCGGUAUUGGAUGCUGGAAGGUACGAACGUUCCUGGGCCCUGGUGCCCAAAGUCUGACCGCACGCAGCCUUCAUCAGUACAACGUGGAUGUCUGCUGUCUGUCUGAGGUACGACUCCCUGACUCGGGCUCUCGUGAAAUAAAGAUCCCGGGAGUCGAAUCCCACUUCACCCUGUACCACAGCGGCCCCCGCGAUUCCUUUGGUCGACACGGUGUGGCGAUCGCCCUAUCACAACAAGCGGAGCUUGCGCUACUUGCUUGGGAACCAGUAAAUGACCGGAUGGCCUACGUGCGACUGAAGGGUCACUUCACGAACAUCUCCAUCGUCGCUGUGUACGCACCAACUUCGGCUGCCGAACAGCGCGAUAAAGAGGCGUUUUACUCUCAGUUGCAAGCGCUAGUUGAAAGACUGCCUCGCCGCGAUCUGCUGAUUGUUGCUGGCGAUUGGAAUGGUCGAACCGGACCUGGCGACCCCACAACCAGUCAUCUGCUUGGCCGCUUUGGGCUUGGUUCCCGAUGUGAAAAUGGUGAGAGAUUGCUGAACUUCGCUGAUCGAAACCGACUGCUUGUCACCAACACAUGCUUCCAGCAUCGCAAAAAACAUCUGCUGACCUGGUAUUCAAACGACGGUCGUACGGCCAGUCAGAUUGACUACAUACUAGUCAGCUCAAGGUUCCGCAGCUGGGUUCACGAUAGCAGAUCGAUGCGUGGUGCCGAGACUGGUAACGCCCAUGGGUCGGACCAUGUCCUCGUCCGUACACGCCUGAAAGUUCACCUCUCAUCCGCACCAAAAAUGCCACGUCCUAGACGCCUCAAUGUCGCAAAAAUCCGGCAAGCCAGCACUGCCGAGACCCUAAGCAGAGAAAUCCGGACCUGUUUUACGGCCCGAGCCGACGGAGAAGUCAGUAACCAGUGGUCGUCACUGAAGACAUCAAUCUAUGGGACAGCUGAGAAAAUCCUUGGAUACACCCAGCGACGCCGCAGUGACUGGAUCAGCGGAAGAACCCUGCAGUUGUCUGCUCAGACGGCCAGAGCCAGGUCCCGCAACGAUGACUACUUCCGCCAACUUCGGAAGAUGACGGCAAAAUCGGCCAGGGAUGACCGGAAACAAUAUUGGGCUGAAAAAGCGACAUCCAUAGAACAGGCCUCGAACGUUGGUGACACUCGAAAGCUCUAUCGUCUGAUCCGCCAAGUUAGCGGUAAGCCCUCUACACUGAGUGACUCUGUUCGCGAUGUGAACGGCGGCUUUAUUGCUGACAACUCGGCCAAAGUCGAGCGCUGGCGUGAGCACUUUGAGCACCAUCUCAACUUCGAUACCCAACCUACAUCGCCCUUGUUCUCCUCCUCAGCGGAGUUUCUUCCCUCUCCUACCUAUGCAGUGCCAUGCGAUCCCCCCUCCGAGGAAGAAGUCGCCGAUGCCAUACGAAAGUUGCGCAACAAUAAGGCACCCGGAGAGGACGGUAUACCCGCUGAAAUCUUUAAGUCUUGUGUCGACACUGGCGCCCUGGCUCCAUGAGGUGAUUGAAAGAGCGUGGAGAGCCGAGGUUGUUCCUGAUGACUGGGGCUUAGGCAUCCUUGUACCUAUCCUCAAGAAUGGAGAUAAGACGAGAUGCGAGAACUACCGCGGCAUAAGUCUCAUCGACGUUGCUGCGAAGAUCUUCGCUAUUGUCCUACUCAGACGAUUCCAGGCUGUGAGUGACUCGAGGACGAGGCCCAACCAAGCCGGAUUUCGUGCUGGACGUGGAUGCGCAGAUCAGAUAUUCACACUGAGGCGCCUUCUCGAAUUUCGUCAUAGCUACCAACAACCGACCGCCGUCUGCUUCGUUGACUUUGCCGCCGCGUUCGAUUCCGUUCACCGUGAGUCCCUGUGGCGGAUAAUGGCGCUAGAUGGUGUACCGGCAAAAAUCAUCGCCAUGAUCAAGGCCUACUAUCGUUCCACUACUGCGAGAGUCCUGGUCCGUAACAAUUUUUCCCAACCGUUCGGUAUUCGGUCUGGCGUCCGACAGGGUUGUAUCCUGUCACCCAUUGUGUUCAACUGUGCUAUUGACUGGAUCCUCGGGAGGGCCCUACGCGACAGUGACGGUGUUGAAUUUGCACCCGGACAUCGACUGACUGAUCUCGACUAUGCCGAUGAUAUCGCCUUACUUGCUUCAAGUUUUGGUGAUCUGCAGUCUAUGGUGUCACGAGUUAACGAGGUCGCUAAAUCAGUCGGUUUGUCCAUAAACGCUGGGAAGACCAAAGCAUUCUCAAGCUGCAUCCCUGACCAGGAGAAGGCACCCCUGGGGAUUGAUGGCUGUCAACUUGAAGAAGUGGACAGUUUUAAAUAA